AUGGAUGCACUUACUCUCGACGACCUGAUGGAUCCGUUUCCAAUGGGUUACGCAGAGUUCAGAUUCGAUGGAUCCUUUGUAGUUGCCAACGAAGCCUAUCUCAGGCUUGUCGGAUCGACAAACAUCGAUUUCCAACACGGUGUCCUAGGGGAAACAGCCGUGACAGACAUAACCGAUCGAAAGUCCUGGAAAGAUAAGGAUGACCAGCCGUCGACAGAAGCGUACACCAGCGAUAGCCAGACCGACAUGUCAAAGGACCUGGUGUUACAUGAAUUGAAAAAUCCACUUUCGGCAAUCCUACAAUCUGCAGACUCGAUUUUGAGUUCAGUCAGGCAUGAGCCUGAUCCAAACAAGAUGCAUGAGGAAAUCGAUGACGCAGCGAGCACUAUCAAGCUGUGCGCGGAGCACCAAGCUCGGAUAAUGGCCGAUGCGCUCACGCUCGCCCGGCUCGAGUCCCAGAAGCUUGAGCUUCAUUUCGACAAAGAAAAGCCAACCGACCUUUUGAAAAAGGCAACCAAGUUUUUCAAAGCCGAGGCAGAGGCAGCCGAUGUCAAGCUAUGCACUCGCGUGCAGCGCUUGCCUGGGUGUCUUGACAUUGCAAACGCAUCAGUGCUGGUUGAUUCUGGACGCAUGCUCCAGAUACUCAUCAAUCUGGUUGCCAACGCUAUCAAAUUCACCCGUAACUGUACAGAACGCUCUAUUACCAUCUCAUUGGACGUAUCAGACUCUCGCCCACAGGGAACCCACAAAUAUCUACCGCGCAUCCAUCAAAGCCAGUAUCGCAAACCUGCAGCAAAAAUGGGGAAGCCAGUCUAUCUCCAGUUUUGCGUCAGCGAUACUGGACCGGGCCUGAAGUCCGAAGAGACAGCCAAGCUCUUCAAUCGCUUCGCUCAAGCGUCAUCUCACGUCUUUAGUAAGCACGGUGGGUACGGGCUUGGCCUUUACACUUCUCGUUGCCUUGCCGAGCUCUUGAACGGACAAAUUUGCGUUUCAUCGGAGCCCGGCCAAGGAAGUACCUUCGCGUUUUACGUCGAAGGGUACUUGCAGAAACAAGAUCUGCAUCAACACCUGCAGGCAUCUACUGACCCGGAGUCAGACAUCCGGUCACCCGCCCCGAACAGCGAGUUGACCUUGUUCUCACCAGGUUGUACUAUACACUGCUUGGUUGUGGAUGAUAACCGCACUGUCAGAAACGUCUUAACAAAAAGGCUACUAAAGCUUGGCAUCUUGGUGUCGGUCGCCGACAAUGGUGCAGAUGCUUUGGUGCUGAUCGAAAGCACAAUCCACCAGCGUGACACCACGCCCAUUUCUGUCGUUUUCAUGGAUCUCCACAUGCCAGUCAUGGAUGGCUUUGUAUGCGCCGAGCGGAUCCGCAGCAUGGAACAGGCAGGGCAGCUUGAGGGGCGCAUGAGCGUGAUCGGUAUUUCCGGCAGCGCCCUCAAGGAUCAACUAGCCUAA